AUGGUGAUCGGAGCUCAGUCCCUCCUCCUCUCCCAUCCCCUCGUCCCCUUCCCUCCGGCAUUCCCCAGUCCUAAGAGUCCUGGUUUCCUGCUCUUCAAGAGAGCCGCACCUUUGCGCCGUGAGGCGGUGCCUGUCUCGUGCAGGGCCGCGGACUUUCGGACCUCGUCGCCGUCUUCUCCGCUACCUCCAGACGUUGAGCCGGAGGGAAGAGGCGCCGCAUCGCCGACGCGCGGGGACAGGUAUCUCGAGAGGCAGCAGGCGAAAUCGGCCGCCGAGCUCGUGCUGAAGAAAGAGGCGAAAAGGACAAGGAAGAAGCCUGAUGGAGGCGCCAAGCUCUCGACGUCUGUUACGUGCUGCUACGGAUGCGGUUCUCCGCUUCAAAUAACUGAGGCUGAUGCCCCUGGCUACGUUGAUCCCGACACCUAUGAAUUGGUAAAUCCUGCUGCUGGUGUGGAUUGACCGGUGCUUAGAUUCGUUAAGAACUGAGAGGUGCAGUGGCGACGCUUAGUGAGGUACUGAAGUUCAUGGCUGUUGCAUUGAACUUCAUACCAGUUCCAAGUGAGAAAUAAAUAAACCUUGAUGCAGAUUGAGGUGGUGUGUUUUUUUUCUGGCACUAUUUGCUUUCUAAUAACUUUGAGAUUUCUGCUUCACAAUGAAGCUGGGCACAUAGAUUCUACUUCUGUUUUUUUGCGAAAUUUUACGUUAGGUUCCCCAUCCUGGAAAUUAUCUGUUGAAUCCAGUUCCAUACGUAAGUAUUUUACUGUGUUCUCUCUGGAUGCAGAAGAAGAGGCACCGACAACUGAAGACUGUGAUUUGCGGAAGGUGCAAGCUUCUAUCUCAUGGACACAUGAUAACAGCUGUUGGCGGGAGGGGAGGCUAUCCCGGUGGUAAACAGUUUGUUACAGCAGAGGAACUUCGUGACAGAUUGUCUCAUCUUCGAAAUGAGAAGACUUUGAUCGUUAAAUUGGUAAGCUGGUAGCACGGCGUGAUUGGCUUCCCUGAUUAUCAACCUUAUAACCAAAACUUUAAAGAAUGAGUUUGAAAUUGGGGAAUUUGACUUUGAAAUCUAGAUAAAAGGAGUAUACUGCGGAUGCCGUGCUGUAAAAGUUUGGCCAUUAGUUUUUGUUUAAGAGGCGGCUGCUCAGUUCGCAUGCGAUUUAUUUGGCUUGGUCAAUAAUUACUUACUUUACAAAUGUAAAGAGAGGCGUUGUAAUUGAAACAAUGGCAUAUUUCUUCUAGGAUUUUGGGUCUUUGAUGCUUGGUAGUCGAAGUAUGCUGAGUAGCGCCAGGCAGAUUAUCUUCACUCUUUACUGUUCCUUCACCUCUAUUAUUUUCCUUUAUGGUAACACUGAAAUAUGGUUUCUUGUUUUUUAACUAUUUUUUUAUUACACUUGUACUAGGUGGAUAUUAUUGAUUUCAACGGAAGUUUCCUCGGACGCAUACGAGACCUUGUUGGCUCAAAUCCAAUAAUACUGGUGGUAACAAAGGUUAUACCCUAUCUUUGCUACCAUACUCUUGACAUCUUGAGAGAUAUAUCUUGUUGAUCUUAAGUUAGAAUCACUCAUCUUCAUACUCCAUCUCUCUCAAGGUUGAUCUCCUACCAAAAGGAACUGAUCUAAAUUGUAUUGGUGACUGGGUUGUGGAGGCGACUGUGAAGAAGAAACUGAAGUGAGUAUAUUCCUGAUAUAGAGGUGGCCCACCUUUUAUUGAACGUCCAGUUUACAUUUCUUCUUGGAUUUUUAUGCCGUCAACUAAAAAAAUGCUAUUGUGGUUGCUACUUGUUGUGAUGCGCAUUUGUGUUAUACCAUGAAAAUUGCCGAAGACAUUUAUUUCAUAACACGUUAGGUAAGAUUCAUAUCAUUAAUUAAGAUGUGAACACACAAACUUCACAAAUGUCAAACAAUAUGCUACACAGAAAGCUUCACAAUCUGCUUUAGUGAAUUGUGGGCUUGGUGUACUAUCUCUUGAAAAGAUGUUAAAAUUAUUUUACAUUCAAUGGCUUAGCCAAUAUAUCUCGUUAAAUUAAAAAGUCCUGAUGAAUUGAUAUCUGUCGUACAUUGCCCUACUAUUGUCAGCCAUCUUAUGCAUCAACAUUCUUAUGCAUCUUGUCUCUCAUGCUACCUUGACCGUUUGGUGCAUUGCGAUUUUUUUCUACUUUAACUUACAACUAUUUUUCACAAAGUAUUAAGAACUAAGCUUGCAUUUCUGUGUAGUGUAAUUAGCGUCCACUUGACCAGUUCAAAGUCCUUGGUGGGGAUUGCUGGAGUAAUAUCAGAGAUCCAAAAGGAGAAAAAGGUUCUACUACUUUACUUUUAUCUAUUUUUCUAUAAUUGUCUCUAAUUGGAAUGAACAUAUGUAUGCCUCAAUUGAGAUGAUUUGAAGGAUUGUUUUAUAUCUUCUUCUCUACAUAUCACACGAAAAUAUCUGACCCACAUUUUAUUUUAAUCCCUCAAGCAUGGACUUUGAUAAAGGAAUUUACUCGCGAUUUUUAAAAUUUUACAAUUGAGCAUCAAUGGCUUCCUUCCAUGGUACAUUGUGAAGGUUACCUCUAUUUCCCUCUACUACUCAAUCUGUGAGGCCCUCCUUCCCCGUAUAGAGCUUGCCAAUGGAACAUUUGUGGGCCUCAAUGGUGCAUUUUGAGUCUUUUGGGUUUUUCGUAGCAGGAGGCUAUAGGCUACUGACUUAUAGUUGGGCGCCUUAAUAUAAUAGAGGGGGUCAGAAUAAUUUGCGUUUUUGCAAUGAGGAGGAAGAUAUUGGGGGGUCCCCUUUUCCGAGAAUACCUUGACAGAUUUGGACAGAAAUUUCGAGACGUUGCGACUCUCAAGGAGGAACACUACCAGUUGGGGACUGACUUCGUGAUGGAACAGAGAAUGGACAACGAAAGGAGUAGGUAGAUAUGGUUUGUGAUGCUAUGACACCUUAUGGGCUAUGUAGGAAGAGUGGCAUUCAAGAUUGUUACAUAUGUACGUUUUAAUAAUUAUUCUCAGGCUGAUUUCCCAGCAAAACAUCUCUUUGCAGUCAUGUGGUUUCCCUUACAAAUGAAUACUUCUCAUCUCAUGAUUUUUUUCCACUAGCGUGGAAUUAUUCCUGUCUUCUAGAAUAUUGAGAUUUGCAUUUUAUUGGCGCCUAUAAACGUUGUAGCAAGUUCAUCAUAGCUCCACUGACUACUGCCAGCUCGGUGAAGAGGAAAUUCCUGGAAAAUUGGUGUAGAAGAAUGGUAUGGAUUUUCCAUAGAAUUCCUGAUAGAUUUUCCAGGUUCUAAUAUCCCAUUGUGUAUCCUUCAUCAUAAGGACACACAUUCAAGGCCUACAAGUACAGUGGUGCUGGAGGAAUCAAACACUGCAUCCAUCUCGGCGUUUUGGACUGAUCAUACUUCCAUCAAGGGGAAAUUCAUGAAGUAUUUAUUCCUUAAAGCGUGUAUUCCAAACAUAUCUUUCAUUCGUUGAUUUUUCACAUCGAGAUGAAGAGAAUUUGAAUUAUUAAUACUUCUAAGAAACUAAUGCUUCAAGCUUUACGGAACAAGGAUGUUUUUCUCGAAAACAAUAUGAACAUGCAGUUAUUUAUGUACAUUUUGGAUCAAUUUUUGACUGUUAGUUAAUGAGAUGGUGUUUAGAUACCACACGUAGUUCACAUCUUGUUACAAGCCUCAGAAAACUAGGUGAGGAUAUGCCUGUCAAAUCUAUGUUAUUAAAAUGUUUCCAUCAUGGACAGCGUGGUAUUGCGAAAAGCACACAAAUUAUGAGAACAAAAAUAGCAUAACACUUACUAUUUAUUAUUCACUGCACUGCAUUUUAUGGGUAAAAGAUAGUUACUGAUCAUUUCUCUGUUUCCUUUUAUCUUAUGCAGGGACGGGAUGUUUACAUUCUGGUUAGUGUAUUUCUCUUUUACAAGAGCGGACACAUCUAUCAUGAUAUGCUCAACGCCUACUCUGAGUCUGUAAAGAUUAUUAGUACUAAUUUUAGUUUCAAGUGACCAUAUAUAUUCAUGAAAAGGCUGGGUAAUUGUUGCUUCAAUAUUCUGAGCAUCAUUAUCAACAAAGAAGCAAAAAACCCAUAUUAAAAAUGGUCAUCUAUAAAAUUUCAAUCGGUCUCAGAUCUUUAUUUUAUCAUGUUAUAAAAGAAAAUAAAUGAAAUACAUCGCAUGGUAGUAACUUAAGAAGAAAAUGGUAGUCUCGUCAUGUUUCAGUGGAAGGGUCAAAUUUCCUCUAUUAUUUGAUGCUUCCUAUUGAUUAAGCAUGCAAUUAAAGAAGAAAACAAAUGCACUGGCUUUGUGCCUACGAACAGUGAACGAUGCAAACAAAGAGAAUAACUUCAAUACCGGUGACUGUAUUGGAUUACCUCGCCAUAAUAAACUGUUGAAUCCUUCCUUUUGUACCUGGACUAUCAUUUUUUCCAUUUUAUUCCUUGUCCUAAGCCGAGCCACUCUAGUACACAACAAGAUCAUGAUUCUUAAGCUUGGUAUGUGUUCAUAGGCCUACCCAUCUUGAAUAGUAUAUCCUCAAGGUAGAGUAGAUAUGGCUGUUAUUGCAGCCACCAGACGAUCACGUUUUCCCAAACAUGUCACUGUUUCUGUAGAAAUUUUUACUUCAAUUAUUAGAUGAUUAUAACCAUUUUCUUAUGCCCUAAUAAACUUUCUUUCAGGGAGCAGCAAACGUUGGAAAGUCUGCAUUCAUCAACGCAGCACUUAGUAAGUGUUCAGCAACUCUUCAAAGCUUUUCCUGCGGCGGAGGCUGUCUAUUUGUCACUGAAAAACCACAUUUUCUGCGAGAUAAUAUCAUUUAAAUAUUUGCCCUCAUUUAUCUUCUGUACUCCCCAUAUAUUCUUCACAAUCUUACCCUUUGCUGAAGAACUCCAAGGUUUGAUCCAGUGAAUUCUCUCUUUACCCACUUGGUGACUGUAGAGAUGAUGUCGUAUAAAGAUCCAGUGGCUGCAGCAGCUCGGAAGUACAAGCCAGUGCAGUCCGCUGUUCCUGGAACAACCCUAGGACCUAUUGAGAUCCAAGCAUUUCAUGGAGGAGGGGUAUAAUAUUUUCUUGUGCUUUUCAAUCAUUUCAAACGAAUAUAAUUUAUAUAAUUUAUUUUUUGGCGUUCAGAUCAAUUGCAUACAAUGAUUACUAGGCAGUUUUUUUUUUUUUUUUUUUCCCUUUGCUCUAUAGAAAAUAUUCGACAUGCCAGGGGUGCAUCUCCACCAUAGGCAGGCGGCAGUUGUUCAAUCUGAAGAUCUUCCUUUCCUUGCGCCUAAAAGUCAUCUGCGAGGCCAAACUUUCCCUGUAACUUCCUUCUCCUGUUUCCGGCAAUCUUAAGAUGCACAGUGCACCCAUCGUUCUCUCUCUCAUCCAGGUAGUAUCGGGUAACGGGAGACAUGGAGAAGCAGGAUGUGGUUUGACCGGGUUCUCCCUCUUCUGGGGAGGCCUUGUCAGAGUCGACGUCUUGAAGGUCUCUCAUUCUCACCCUGAAAAACUUCCUACUCUCCGGAGAUAUGAUGACGAAGGGAAGCUUCCUUAUUUUGCAGGCUCUUCCGCAGACGCGUUUGACUUUCUACGGGCCCCGGUCGUUGAAAGUCCACAUGGUCCCCACAGCGGAAGCAGACGACUUUUACCUUGUAAUUACGCCGCCCACCUCCUCCCUCCGUGUGACCCAUUGAAGCUCCGGCUUCCUCCUAUCUUUAUUUCCCCGGUCUCACUGUCUUGCUGCUGACCCAGAAUGAGCUCGGCUCCCUCUUGACCCCUCCCACUGGGAGAGAACGAGCCGAAGCCUGGGAAGGUCUUCAAAUGGAGCGGCACCUGAAGAUCAGAUUUGAAGAUGACAAGAGGUACACGAAAUGAGUGUUUUUUUAACCGAAAUAUUAUCCUCCUAUCCUAUUUUUCUCUCUCCUCCUCCAUCCAAGCUCCGAGUCAACCCACCAAACUGUAAAGUCAACGCAUUGACCCCGCCCCUCCCCCCGGAGGUGGGUUUUUGUGGUAAUUGAACUGCUAACUGUUCUGGUUCAGGCCGGCCUGCGACAUCGCCAUAUCGGGUCUGGGGUGGGUGGCGGUGGAGCCGGCCGCGGCUGCCGGCGGAGUGGACUUGGAGGAGACGACCGGCGACUUGGACUUCAUAGUGUGGGUCCCAAAGCCAGUCGAGAUCUUCGUCAGGCCUCCGAUCCCGGUGGGCAAAGUGGGCGGAGAGUGGUACGAGUACAGGGAGAUGACCGAGGAAGAAGAGGAGCUCAGACCCAGGUGGUACUUCUGA